GAAGUAGUUCGAUGUUGCCGUGACAACAAGUACAAGUAAAAUUGAUGAACUACAUUCUUGAGAGAUUCAGAAUCAUUCCUCGUGCUCGUCAAAAUCAUGCCUUUACGACGUCGAUCCACCAUUUCUUUGCCUGCUUCCGGUCCGCAUACAAUCCGAACAGGAACAACAAGGUACCAUCUUCAUCUUCUUCAAGAAGAUCUUCUCAGGAGUGCGUCUAGAAGGAGUUGCGAUGCCUCGUCCAAUCGUUCUUUCUCAUCAUCUCCAAUCGUUUCUUCUACGACAGCUUGGUGGGUCGAUCCCUGUUCUGCUUUCCCCACAGCUGCUGCUUCGACUUCGACAUCAUCCUGCUCAUCAUCUUCAUCCUCGUCACCACAACAUCACUCUUGUUCGGAAAAAACGGACCUUAAAAAUGUCGCUGGAUCCGAUCAAUGGACCACACAGCAAUUGCUAGCUUCACUGCAAGGAAACUACACAUCUUCACAGCACUUGGUUGCUAGCAUAGCUGCUCUAGUAGCUGCAGACCUUCCACCCGCUCAAAAGAGGCAGAAUGCAUUUGCGCGCAGUCUCCGAGACAUAUUCCUAAGUGACCUAGAGUUUUCUGGAAUAAUUGACUUUGAUGAGCAGGGAGAGGGACAAGCAUCAUCUUCAAGUUCUUCCUCAAGAACAGAUAGGAAACAUGAUCUUGAGGAACACACUGAUGAACCUGACCAUACUAGCCGCGCUGUGGAACCCGAUCAUCCACCUUUAUUCGAGACCCGACGACGUAGGUGGACAGUGUAUCAAGUUUGCGCUUUGUGGCAAGCUUUUGCCCAACUAGGCUUGCUUGACCGAGAACUAGGCUCCCGAAUCUAUGCACGCUUAUUUGCGGAUCUAAGAAACCAGAAGAAGAAGAUGGACCAAAAGACAGCUAAAAGGCUGGAAGAUGAGAAGAAGUUGCGACGUGAUGGUAUAAGGGUGCCAAGAUUCACAAGAGGGGACGAGGAGGAGGUCGUGGAGGAUGGUAGACGAGGCGAUCUCGUUGAUGAUGAGUGCACGUCGUCUGCGGCCUCUACUUCCUCUUCAUCUCGGGAACAUCAAAACGGCC